AUGGACAAGUCUAUUGCUAAGGGUUUAAGUGAUAAGUUCUACGAGAAGAGGAAAGCCACGGCUCUAGAGCUCGAGAAACUGGUAAAAAAAUGUGUUAUUGAAGGAGACUACGUGAGAAUUGAUAAGAUUAUCGAUGAACUUUGCAGGGAUUAUGCGUACACUUUACACCAACCGAUGGCUAGAAAUGCGGGUCUCAUGGGACUUGCAGCCGCUGCUAUCGCACUAGGAACUAAUAACGUGGGUAGAUAUUUGAACAGCAUCUUGCCGCCAGUGCUUGCUUGUUUUGGAGAUCAGAACGAUCAAGUCAGGUUCUAUGCGUGUGAAAGUUUGUACAAUAUUGCCAAGAUUGCUAAGGGUGAAAUACUUGUAUUCUUUAACGAGGUAUUUGACGUACUGUGCAAAGUGAGUGCGGAUUCUGAAAAUUCAGUGAGAGGUGCUGCAGAGUUGUUGGAUCGCUUGAUUAAGGACAUAGUGGCUGAAAGAGCUUCGAGCUAUGUGAGUGUAGUGAACAAUGGCCCACUGGAUGUACCACCUAGCGUCACGGGGGAUGUGAUUACAGGUAACGUUUAUCAAAAUGAAUAUCCACAGGAUAAUAAAUUAGCAUUCUCACUACCGAAUUUCAUUCCAUUGUUGACGGAAAGGAUUUAUGCAAUUAACCCUGACACUAGGGUGUUUCUAGUGGAUUGGUUAAAAGUUUUGCUCAACACCCCAGGUUUAGAACUCAUAUCUUUCCUGCCAUCCUUCCUGGGUGGAUUAUUCACAUUUUUAGGUGAUUCUCAUAAGGAUGUGGGUACCGCUACACAUGCACUGUUGGACCUUUUACUCCAUGAAGUGGAUAGAAUUACUACAUUACAAGCUGAAAUCAAGAAAAAGCAACUAGAAAGACAAAGGUUCCUGGAAAGUAAGACGGAUGCUCCUUUGAAAAAAAUUGACGGUGCUCUAAUAGCUGAAAAGAAGAAGACCUUGAUGAAUGCUCUGGGGAAGUUGACAUCUGAUCAGGGCCAAGUUUCGGUGGAUAAUGCUUCACAGCAGGAGGAAUUAAAAAGAGAAAUUGCAGAAGAACAAGAAGAAUUGACAGAGUUGGAACAUGGUAGUGUGUACACGAGGGACGGAGAUGAAUACGUACCGGGGCAGGAUAUACAUUUAGACUUUCCCGAUAUCAUCGAUAUUCUGGUUAAUAAUUUAGCAUCCUCGGAAGCCGAAAUUCAACUAGUCGCAUUACACUGGAUUAAAGCCAUUCUACAAUUAUCGCCAGAUGAUUUUGUUCCACUCCUGUCGAAAGUACUGUCUUUACUGUUAAAAUUAUUAAGUGAUUCGGAUUCUCGUAUUAGUGAAAGUGCUCAGUAUGUUAAUGAAAAAUUGGUCAAACUGUGCAACAAUUACGACCAUCAGAAGGACCCAAAUGUCAUCGCCUAUGGAUCCAUCGUGAAUAGCUUAACAUUGCAAUUUUUCGAUAGUAAAGUGGAUGCAAAGAUUGCCUGUUUGGAUUGGUUGCUUCUCAUAUAUCAAAAGGCUCCUAAUCAAAUCUUGGAGCAUAACGAUAGCAUGUUUCUUACAUUAUUGAAAUCUUUAUCGGAUGAAGAUGAUAGGUUAAUCGAAAAGGCGCUGUCCCUUUUGUCCAGUCUCUGUUCAGACUCUAAUGAUAACUAUAUUCGAAAGUUUCUUCAAGAUUUCCUAACGUUGUUGAAGAGGGACUCACGAUUGCUCAAGACAAGGGCUAAUUCCAUCAUGAGACAGAUAUGUUCCAGACUUUCUCCUGAACGCAUUUACAAAGAAAUCGCUCCCCUGUUGGAUCCUAGUGACGAUAUAGUCUUUGUUCGGAUGAUGAUUCAAAUUUUGAGCACUAAUUUAUUGACGGCUUCUGAAGUGUCGUCGUUGCGCAAGAAAUUAAGAAACGGUGAUGACGGUAUGUUCUUUAACACUCUAUUCAAAUCUUGGUGUUAUAAUCCGGUGUCCGUGAUAUCUCUGUGUCUGGUAUCAGAGAAUUACGAAUUGGCUUACUCGGUUUUACAAGCUUAUGUGAACUAUGAUUUAACGUUAAAUGACUUGGUGCAAUUAGACGUAUUGGUUCAAUUGCUCGAAUCUCCCGUUUUUACAAGGUUGAGGUUACAACUUCUCGAACAGCAAAGGUAUCCAUUUCUGCAUAAGUCACUAUAUGGUAUUCUUAUGAUUUUACCACAAUCAAAGGCAUUCGAUAUUCUUAACAGAAGAUUGAGCAGUGUUAAUAAUUGGACUUGGCAACCUUCCUCAGGUAAUACUAUUUAUAAACAGGGAAACUCGAGUUCAAGUCUGGGGUUGAAUUGUGAUAUAGACACAUCUUCACGUUCAGUGAGUCAGUCUCCAUUGCAUCACCAAGAAUUGUUAGACACUUUCAACAAAGUAUGUGAGACAGAGAGCCCCUCUUUGAUCUAUACAGACAUCUAUGGAUCCGAAUUACCCUUUUUAGGCUCAGCACCUCAUGCUCGCAAAGAGUCCCGUCAAUCAGUGGUGCCAUCAGCUCGAGAGAACUCUUCAGGCAGUAACCUAACGCACGCCGCUAAUGAAGAUUCCACGGAUACCAGUUCAGUGAUCUUUCGGAGCAGCGCGGCAAGUGGGAUUACGGGGAGACUUUCCGGUAAGUUGAAGAGAUUGAGUGGAACUUAA